AUGACGUUUCACACGACCUCCAUACAAAAGCUACGCUCGCGUUACGCACGGGAACAGUCGUGUUUUCCAGCCCCAUAUUUGAACUUAAUUCUUUUCAGCAUUUUUUGUCAAGCCGCCAAAGUGGAGAGUGUCGUCGCACCAGGGGGACCUUCUCGUUUCAGUGUGGGGGGAGGAGGUGGGGGUGCACCUCAGCACUGUCCCAAGACUGUCUGCAACAGCGAGUUCCUGGGGAAAACCCCAGGUUCUGGCGUUCAGAGAUGGGUUCCUUCUCGAAGCACUAAACGAGAUGUCAACUCCUCCAGUGAGAAAGGAGAACACGAUGCAACKUUCAGGAAAGUGAGAGGCAUACUUAACAAGUUGACACCUGAAAAGUUUGACAAACUCUGCCUGGAACUCCUCAAUGUGGGUGUGGAAUCAAAACUGGUCUUAAAGGGAACAGUCUUACUGAUUGUGGACAAAGCCCUUGAAGAACCCAAGUAUAGCCAACUUUAUGCACAACUAUGUCUUCGCUUGGCAGAGGAUGCUCCAAACUUUGAACCUCCAUCAGAAAAUCAAGCAGCGAGCAAGCAAAAUACAACCUUCAGAAGGCUUCUGAUCUCCAAGCUUCAAGAUGAAUUUGAGAACCGUGCCAGGAAUGUGGAUGUCUUUGACAAACAUGACAACCCACUCACCUCUGAGGAGGAGGAGCAGCGUUCUAUUGCCAAGUUCAAGAUGCUGGGAAACAUCAAAUUUAUCGGUGAACUUGGCAAACUCAAUCUCAUCCAUGAGUCAAUUCUCCACAAGUGCAUCAAAACACUUUUGGAGAAGAAAAAGCGAGUUCAACUUAAGGAUAUGGGUGAGGACUUGGAAUGCCUCUGUCAGAUAAUGAAAACUGUGGGACCCAAACUUGAUCAUACAAAGGCUAAGUCCUUGAUGGAUCAGUACUUCAGUCGUAUGCGAUCCUUAAUGAACAACAAGGAUUUGCCAGCGAGAAUUCGCUUCCUGCUUCAGAACAUGGUGGAACUGCGAGACAACGAUUGGGUUCCUCGCAAAGCUUAUGUUGACAACGGGCCAAAGACCAUCAACCAAGUUCGUCAGGAUGCUGUAAAGGAUUUGGGAGUUUUCAUUCCGCCUCCAACUGAUGUGAUGAAAAAUGACUUCUUCAUGGGUAACUUCUUGUCAAGGGGGAUACCGUUUGACAGGGAACCUGUUGGUGGGCUGGCUGACAUGUUUGGACAACUGCCAGGGAUUGGCAUUGGGACCGGUCCAGGAGUGAUUCAGGACCAUUAUUCCCCUACCAUGGGGCGUCAUCGUGCAAGCCCACUUUUUAACGGCCACAUUGGAAAUGCGAAUGGCUCACAUCAGCCUCAGUUUGAAGCCGGGAGCAAACCAUUCAUAAAACCAAACCAGGGGCAGAAUUCACCGGUUUUCAGCCAUAAGCAGAAUCUCUCAUCGCAGUCAAAGGAUAUGGCUCCAAGGUUCAGCAAGAAAGGGAAACUCAAUGCUGAUGAGAUCAGUCUGAGGCCUGCGCAGUCCUUUGUUUUGAAUAAAAGCCAAAUGCCAAAGCUGCAGCCACAGAUGACUAUGAUUCCUCCAACAGGUCCACCAAUAGGACAGCUUGGUCUCAAAACUAACCCCCCUCCAAUCCAAGAAAAACCUGCAAAGUCGAUCAAAAAGGCUCCUCCCACAAAAGAAGAGUUGCACAAAAUGACAGAGGCACUGAUGACAGACUAUCUGAACAGCAAGAACAUUGAUGAGACCGUUAAUGCUGCAAAAGAGAUGAAAGUUCCCAAACAUCUUUUGUCUGAAAUGCUUAACAAGAUCAUUGUUGAUUCGCUCAACCAUUCAGAUGAGGACAAAGAUCAUGCAAGCAAACUGAUCCACYCACUCUGCACCGAGGGCCUUGUUGCACGUGAAAACCUUAUACCGGCCUUUUUGGGUGUUCUGGAUCAGUGCCCUAAUAUCGAGGAAGAAAUCCCUCUGGUGAAGUCUUACCUGGCCCAAUUUGCUGCAAGAGCAAUUAUCGCUGAGCUGGCCACUAUUGACGAUUUGGCUCAUCACCUGGAGAAUGGGGCACAUUUCCCGCUGUUCCUGCUUUGCCUGCAGCAGAUGGUCAAACUGAAGGACCGUGACUGGCUGGGUGACCUGUUCCAACUAAGCAAAGUCAACAUGCAGAAGAUGCUACCUGAGGUUGACCAGAACAAGGACCGCAUGUUGGAGAUUCUGGAGGGCAAGGGUCUGGGCUUCUUGUUUCCGCUGAUGAAACUGGAAAAGGAGUUGCUGAAGCAGAUCAAAGUUGAUCCCUCCCCACAGUCCAUCUACAAAUGGAUCAAAGACAACAUCUCUCCAAAACUGCACACUGACAAAGGCUUUAUCAACAUUCUUGUGACCAGCUUCCUGCAGUACAUUGCCUAUGAGAUCAACCCCGAGGAUGACGAAGAGCAGUUUGCAUCUCCCAGUAAAGAGCAGAUGGAUGAAGAAAAGCAGUUGCUGCUGUCUUUCAAGCCAGUAAUGCAGAAGUUCCUCCAUGAUCACGUUAACCUGCAAGUCAGUGCACUGUAUGCUCUGCAGGUGCACUGCAGUGCCAAGGGUUUCCCUAAAGGCAUGUUGCUGCGCUACUUUGUGAACCUUUAUGACAUGGAGAUAAUUGAGGAAGAAUCCUUCCUGUCAUGGAAAGAAGAUGUCAAUGAUGAGUAUCAUGGGAAAGGCAAAGCAUUAUUCCAGGUGAACCAGUGGCUGACCUGGCUGGAAACGGCUGAAGAAGAGGAGUCUGAGGAUGAAGAUUACUGAGAAUAAGGCCAAAGCCAUGUGUUAUCUCAAUGCAACAAGUGAUUAUUGUYGUGGUGUUGGAUUUUUUUUUCUUAAAUCUUUUUAACCUUCGUCUUUGCCUCAAUUGUUACUUAUUAUUCUACAAUGAAAUGUUUUGCCAAAUCUAAAGUUUCAGUGUUUUACUGCAUUUUUUUAUUUUCCAAUUUUCUAUCCUAUUUAAUGUCUAGCAACAAUAUUAUAAACAUUUAGCUCUUUUUUUGGUUCAUGUUUAACAGUAAGCAGUAUUUCAGGGAAAUUUGUCACCAUUUCCCCCUGGUCAGUUACCAGGUGCUACAUAAUUUCCUUGAACUGUUUACAGAAGAACAAAUGCUUUUCCUUAUUCUGUUUCCUACUUUUGAAAGUUUUAGAUGCACUUUGCUUAACAUCAUGAGUUGCUGCAAUCGUGAAAAUUAUUAUCCAAACUCUAAAUUACCUAAAGUUUUUUUUUUCUAAUUUGAAUCUUUUUGCUUUUAAAAUUACAAUAUUUUUUUUUCUCAGUCUGGUUUUAAUAGUUGACAGUCGUGGCCAAUAUUCUUGCACAUUUUCCCGCAUUUAGUUGAAUGACUUAAGAGCUCUGUUUUUAAAUGUGUGAAAUGUUUCGUGGUGUGUGGAAUCAAUCUGUGUGGCCUUUUUUUAAUUUAUCGAUUCAUAUGGAUAUACCUCUGAAGUGGCUGACUAUACUUGAAUGUCUUGAUUUUGACAUUGAGACAGCCAAAGCUCUGCUACGGUUGUUCACUACUAAAAUCAUGUUGUUUGCAAUAUUUGUAAAGUUAUUAAAGGUUUUUUUUUUAAUUAUCCUCCUCGUCAAAUAGCAAAGAAUGUACUGUAUGUGUACACUUGUACCUUCUCUUAAGGUCUCACUGUAACGUGUACAAGUACAGAUCAACUUUGAAUAAAGUUUGACUGUUUAA